GCGCAACGUGACAAGGCGCGCCCGCGUCAAGACACGCGCGAGGACCCGAGACUCUGCGCGAAGGGAGUGAGAGAGAGAGAAGGGCCAGGGGAAGGAAGCGAAGCAAUGGGCGCUGCGCGCGGGGCCCACUGGAAGAGAGGGGAGCCGAGGAGAGCGUGACAGUGACAGGCCGAGAGCGAGGCUAGUCUCUUCCGCUGGCUCCACUCCACCAUUCGCUAAAACCCUUCCUGUUCCUGUAAUACUACCAGUAAUCUUCCUCCUCAGAUCGUUUCCAUUAUUCGUCAUCGUCGACGGAUCCAAGCAGAAAGACCUUCCUCCUGCCGGCCGCGAAUUCAGCCAGCCGUUUCACCAGCUAGCUGCGGCCGGUGCCCUGUUUCCUCCGCCCGGAUUCAGUUUCCACUUUCCGGUCCAGUCCAACCGUGCCACCCCUGUGCUGUUCUUGGUUCCUUGCCCGGAUCGCCAGAGCACGAGCACCUCCUGAAGCGAAGCGUGGGCAGCUCGAUUACUUUUCGAGUUCGCCCGUUCUUCGAGGUUGGUGCGGUGGUGGUGGUGCGGAUGCACUGAUGCCCCUUUGAUUAGCAACAACAACCUGCUGUUUGUUCUCGGAAUCCUUAAUCAUUUCUCCUCCCUUUUUCUUUCGCGGUGAUCGCCUUUUCCCGAGAUUUGCAUUUUUAUUUGUCGGCGACCUUUGGCUCCGUCUCCGAGGGGCAGCAGCCGGGCAGGCAGAUGCAGCGGCAGCAGGCGCUGCUGCUGGUGGUGGCGUUGUGAACAAGAAAUUCCUCGGGUUCCACGCGGCCCCCUUUGGCGUUUCGGCCCCUUCCUUUCCUCCCUUUUCCGCUGGUUUUCAGGUGGGAGUCUGGCUGGGGGGGUUUUGCGUGGCGUGCGUUGGGUUUAGGCCGGCGGCAUCUCUCGCAGUCUCGCUCGCCCCUGAUUUCGCCCCCACUCCCCUUCUUCCAUUCGCGGCCUCUGAUUGAUUGGGUUCCCUUCCCGAUUUGUUUCCGCGCCGAGCUGGAGUCUCCGAUCGGGUUUUCUGGGAGAAAAGCUGCGAUUUUUGGGUGAAGUUCUUCCUCCUUGUUUGUUGGAUCGAUCCCCUGCCGGUCGAUGGCGUCGUCCUGCAUCCCGGCCGGCCUCCGGCUGGACCUGGAGAUGGUCAAGGCGGCGGGCGCGGCGGCGCCACCGCGCCCGGCGCACUCCGCGGCGGCGUCCUCCACGCUCUCGGAGGCGUCCAACGCCUCCUCCUCCUCGGCGACGUCGUCGGUCGCCUCGCUCUCGCUCAAGCGCCCGCGCACGCCGCGGAAGCGGCCCAACCAGACGUACAACGAAGCGGCGGCGCUGCUCGCGUCCAUGUACCCCUCCGUUUUCCCCGCCGCCAAGGGGGCCGAGGCGGCGCCGCCCCGCCUGCUCGGCCUCGCCUCCGCCCUCGCCGACGACCCGGACCGCUCCGACCUCCUCCCGCCGUUCCCCGUGCUCGACCAGGCCGCGUUCCUCCUCCGCGACCUGCCACCGCCGCCGCAGUCGCCGGCGGUGCCGAUGCCGAUGAGCCCCGCCCCAGCCAAGAGCUGCCCGUCGCCGGCGGCGGUGAACAGCGUCUUCAGCGAGUUCCGCGACCCGGCGCCGUCCCCCGCGACCCCUGAUGCCGCGACGGCGGACGAGCCAGGGGAGCUCGACUUCGACGAUGACGAUGGCUUCGACGCCGACUCUAUUCUGUGCGGCGUCGACGAGAGCGCCGCGGAGGGCAUCGACGGCAUCAUGGGCAAGCUAUCCAUGGAAAACAAUGCGGGGGCAGUUUCCAGCGUUAACUCCAACCUGCCCAGAUCCAAGAUACACCCUUACCUCAGGAGCCUCAUGGUGCUCGGGCUCAGCUUCAGGCAGCACGAUCAGCGCAACAUCAACCAAGCCCUAAAACGGCAUAAUGUUGAUCCUGAAUGGUGGAUGUGCCCUGCCAUACCAGUGAAAGACAUUGCCCGCCCGCCACUACCAUUGGUGGCAAAACCAAUGGUGUCGGAGAAGAAGAAGAGUAAGAAGAAGCUAUUGGAUACCUUAUAUAAGGAUGUGGCCAUUGAGCAUUGCAAGAAAGAAGAGGAACGGGUUCCUGACUUUACCAAUGGGGGCACUGGAGUUUUGGCAUUGCCAGAGACAGGAUUGGGGCUCAGGUUGAACACUGAGCGGGUGAUCAAGGCGUGGUGUGGCAGAGGGUCGGUGUUUGCUGACCGCAACACAUCCGACUUACCGUUGUCUUCUGCUGAUGUGUUAGUUAAACAUGAAGACAGUGAUAUGUUUCCACAGAAUGGUACCAGCGCUGUUAUCAGGGAAGGCAACAUUCUAAAGAUGCAGCGCAAGCAGAAGCCAUGCGCUCCCCUCCCCUCAAAUAAGAAUAGCCGGUACUACCGGCCUCGGGUCAAUGGAAGGUUUGUCAGCAAGGCGUAUCUUCUCCAGCAACAGCAAGCAGCAGAGAAGGAGAGCUAGAGAAGAUGAAUCCAGCAUCUAGGGGCAUUUCCGGGGUUUCACUCUGAUUCUCCUAGAGAAGCAAAAAAAGGCUUCUCCAUUUUCAUUUCUGCAGUGUUAUAUUGCUGCAGAUGGUAGAGAUGCCUGUAGAGUGGCUUGAUUCCAUGGGGAUCGGAUGGCGGUUUGCUUGCAACUUCUCCAGCUUCUGAUGCUAUUGUAAAGAAGGGCCGUGGAGUAAUAUCCCAACCAGUUAAUGGAACCGUGUUGUUCGUGCGCUUAUGCAAUUCCUGUUGCUUCCCGUUUUGGGGUAAUUUUGCCA